AUACGCCUCUCACGGCCUUUCAGACGCAGUCAUCGCUCGACCAUCAUGGCGAUCGGACUUUAGGAUCGUUGCUGUCGCUCUUUGCGAAGUCGAAUAAAAAAAAAAGGCUAAAGGAAUCUUAACAAACGGGGCAAACUGCAACCCCGCUUCGUUUUGAGUGACGCCAAUCAUUUUCUCAGUUUUUUCGGUGGAAGGAAAGGGAAGGGCCAAUCCCAAUUUUUAGGACCGUCGUCUCGUUCUGUUUUGGUUUAUCGUUUUUAUUUUAACGGUGUGGAUUACCGUCGAAGUCAUUCGACACGUUAUUACCUUCAAGUUAUCCUACCGUAUCUCCAAAUUUAAGCUUACCAAAUUCACGAGACGACUCCCGAAAAUUGGGAACCCCUGUUCCCAGCCCUGAAACCCAAAAACCUCAAAAAGAAUUUUUCAUUUUGGCAACUGGAUGUUCAUUUGACCCACUUGGAAUUCAUCUAUGGUUUCAUCAUUUAACUUGUUUACGAAGAGAAAGACGAAAGGGCAUACGUUAUUGUUGGGGUGUGCUAGCGUGACGUCCUCUAGAAAUGAAGGCCGGCAUUUAUUUUUCGCCAUCUAGCGGCAGAUAGCGAGUACACUCGGUUGAAACCGUUCGUGUUUGUUUGCACGUAUCCUUCAUUUACGUGUUCAUGUCGUUGUGCACGUAUGCUAAAGUAACUGGGAAUUUGUUAUUGAAAAAAAGAAAAGAAGGGCAACACGUUUCACCCAACAAGUGCAAUGGUUCACCAACGUUCAUCAGAUCUCGAAAUCAUUGUCGGACCUUUCACUUGGUGGGGCUAUCGUAGUUGUGGGACGUUUUGCGGGGACAAAGUCUCUGAUAGACCUAUUUUUGUUGUUUCGUCAAAUCUGUAUCACUUUGGCAGGUUUUUCCGUGCAUCAUUUUGGAAAACGUAAAUAUUUGCCACCAUCAUCGUUUUGCUAUCGACACGAACGAUUUUCUCGUUUUGUGUGUGUGUGUUUCUUUCUCUCACAAUAUAAAAAAAAAAGCAAUGGAUAUUAAAAUGAUUGCAAUAGAAGUCCUCGAAAACCUAAUUGUCGGUCAAGAGCUCUCGGACUAAAAAAAAAAUUCUCACAUUCGAGGGAAACCGAAAUUGUGGCUGGCCUUGUCUUACAAUCGCGCCAUGAUGCAAGAUGGUGGCCUGGAUUGCAAAGGCCUUUUUCGGUGUGUCGUCAUCAGCACCGUCGAGUAUUUUCUGGAUUUGCCUUUUUUUUUUGUUGUUGUGCUUUACAUUCUCAAUGGGGACUAAAAGAAGAGGGAGGUUUGUCAAUCGUUGGUUAACGUUGCAACGCUGUUGAAAAUACUCACAUCAACAGCUGGUGCCUACCUGACCCGACUCAGCUGUGUCUAGUGUCAACUUCUCCCAGUGCCAUCCACCACGACCGAGUUGCUCAUUCGCCAUUAGCAACCAUGCAGGUGGCUCGACCGACUCUGCCCCUCCUCAAUAUCGAGCUGGCCCAAAGGAAACCAUUACAAACGGCCAUUCAAAAAUCAGACGACGUUUCGGCUGAUACCACAACUGGAAAUGUGAUUGAAGCUAUCCCACCGACUCCCCUCUCGCCGCCGACUUUCUUGUCCAAAAUCCCAGCUGCGGCCACCGAAGUCUCCCCCGCUGAAAUCCUUCUGUUAAACGAACGUUAUUUACUGCUGGAAUGCAUCGAGGGUGCCGUGUCUCCUCAAAGUCAACCACUGCGUCGCUGCAUCGACACGGUCACAGAAGAAACCUACUUUUGCCGUGAAUGCUCGACAUCACCAUCGACGGCCACGCUGCUCGAGGCUCACCACCGCUUGAGGGAUUCCGAUGUUGUGACGCCCGUCUGUCACGUCAUCCAUGCCGAAGGAGAUGCCCAAACGCCAAAGCUCUAUCUCCUCUCCCCAGCCUCGUACGGCGAUUUGCAUUCGUAUCUGAGAUCGAAACGCAGACUGAAAGAGAACGAAGCGAGAAAUCUUUUUCGUCAGGCCGCCCAGGCCGUGUUUGAUUGUCACAAACAUGGAGUCGUACUAACCGAUUUAAAACUCAGACGUUUCGUGUUUGCCGAUCCACAAAGGUCCAAAUUAAGAUUGGAAUCGUUGGAAGAAGCGAUAGUGUUGGAACGAUCGGAUUCGGACGAUGGUGUCUGGCGGAAGCAUGGAUAUCCGGCUUACGUGACACCCGAAGUGUUGUUGAGUCGGGGCGUUCGCUAUUCUGGCCGUGCAGCUGAUCUUUGGUCUCUGGGUAUCAUUCUUUACACGUUGCUGGUUGGCCGCUAUCCGUUCCAGGAUUCGGGACCAUUCGGACUCUUCACGAAAAUCAUUCGCGGUCAUUUCACUGUUCCCGAUUUUGUGUCGUCGAGAGCUCGCUGUCUCAUCCGCCAUUUGCUCCGACGCGAUCCUUGCCAGCGAUUGGAAGCCGCUGAUAUACUACGUCAUCCUUGGUUUACUGCAACGUUACGUGCAGCCAAAGUGGAUCAAGUGAAAAGCAAACCGGAAGUGACUGGCAAUGGUGCCAUUAGGCCCGAGUUGUCAGUUGUAGACCAAGUGGUACCCGAAGCCCUUGUCGACAGUCGAAUGGAGGAAUAAUAAGAGAAAAAAACAAUAAAAAAAAAAAAAACAAUAAACAAAACAAAAAAAGAACGAAGAAAAAAUGUUCGCUUAAAUUCACAUUUUGUUGAUAAAUCAUUAUACUAUUGUGUCAGAAUUCUUUUUUUCAUUUUGUCAGUGUGUAUGUACGCGACAUGUGUGAAUGGGAAAGUUACUGUUCGUAUGUUUAAUUUGUAUCACACAGCCAACGUAUUACCAUUUUAUUAUAAAUUUGGUCAAACAUGG